GCAGCGGUGGGGAAGCUCUGCGAGGUCUGCUUCCUCCUCAACCUCUUCAUGAUCUCUGUGGCCCUCCUCAGGGUGGUGGGCGACCAGCUGGAGAAAUUGUGUGACUCCCUGUACCCCAACGGGACGCUGAGCGGGGCCCCCCCGCUGCCCCCCUGGUACGCAGACCAGCGCUUCACCCUCUCAGCUCUGUGUGUCCUCGUCAUCUUUCCGCUCUCCGUCCCCAGGGAGAUUGGCUUCCAGACUUGGGCCAGCAUCCUGGGCACGCUGGCCGCCUGCUACCUCACCCUGGUCAUCGUCCUGAAAUACCACCUGCAGGCAGAGACCCUGGGCUCGCCCAAGCCCCCCCAGCCCUCCAGGACCUCUUCCUGGGCCUCCAUCUUCAGCGUCAUCCCCACCAUCUGCUUUGGCUUCCAGUGCCACGAAGCCUGCGUGGCCAUCUACAGCAGCAUGCGCAACCAGAGCUUCUCCCACUGGGUCGCCGUCUCCGUGCUCUCCAUGCUCAUCUGCCUCCUCAUCUACUCCCUUACCGGGCUCUAUGGCUACCUGACCUUCGGCGAGGCUGUGGCCUCCGACGUCCUGAUGUCCUACCCAGGGAACGACCCG